CCGCGCCACGUUUGUCAAUGUACGAUCGCUUAAAACAAGUAAACACGGACAGUCUCAUCGUUUUAAAAUGUCCUUCAAGAUAGAUAUUCACAAUCAUAUAUUGCCAGAGAGGUGGCCUGAUCUGAAAGAGCGCUAUGGAUAUGGUGGGUGGAUUCAGCUUCACCAUCAGUGUGAUGGUAGAGCCAAGAUGAUGAGAGAUGGAAAGCUGUUUAGAGUGAUUGAACCAAACUGUUUCAGUGCAGAGGCUAGAAUAAGAGACAUGGAUGCUACAGGUGUGACGGUACAGGCUCUGUCAACAGUUCCUGUCAUGUUCAGCUAUUGGGCCAAGCCAGAGGACACUCUAGAUCUCUGCAGGAUACUCAAUGACGACCUGGCUAACACAAUCAAGAAGCACCCUAAAAGGUUUGUAGGUCUAGGUACCCUACCCAUGCAGGCACCAGACCUAGCUGUGCAGGAGCUCAAGAGAUGUAAAGAGGAGCUUGGGUUUCCAGGUAUCCAGAUUGGUUCUCAUAUCAACCAGUGGAAUCUAGAUGCUCCUGAACUACAACCAGUAUUUGCAGCUGCUGAGGAGGUGGGUAUAUCUCUCUUUGUUCACCCCUGGGACAUGGAGCUAGGGGGUCGCAUGGCUAAGUACUGGUUACCCUGGCUGGUAGGGAUGCCAGGAGAGACCGCUACCGCCGUCUGCUCUAUGAUCUUUGGUGGUGUGCUGGAGAGGUUCCCCAAACUCAAAGUCUGCUUCGCUCAUGGGGGUGGUGCCUUUCCCUUCACCAUCGGUCGUAUCGAGCACGGCUUCAAUGUCAGGCCCGAUCUCUGUGCUGCAGAGAACAAUGUCAAUCCAAGGAAAUACAUCGGGCAGAUCUACACAGACUCUCUAGUGCAUGAUGAAAAGGCACUCAAGUACUUGGUGGAAACGAUGGGAGAGAACCGUGUCUUACUAGGCAGUGACUACCCCUUCCCACUCGGUGAGCACCAUCCUGGUAAACUCAUCGACUCAGUAGACAGCUUCAGUGAGGAAUUGAAGGAUUCUCUUAUGGCAGGCAAUGCCCUGGAAUUCCUUGGUCUGAACCGGUCCCAGUACGAGCCAGACCCUUCACUCUCACCUUCACAAUCCAAGUGCGGCCUUCAAAAACACAAAGUCAAAAGCUCUUCCAAUGAUGAUACAGGGGUAGAAAAUGGCACAAAAAGGAUCAAACUAGCUGAUGAGAAGGAGGUCCACUAAAGUCCACUAGUUUAUUUGUAAAUUCAAUGUAUAAGUAUUAGCUACACCCCUCACAAAUGCCUUCCUGAUUCAAGUGAGGAUCACAGGAAGUCGAAGCUCUUCUGCGAGGCGGAGAUGGAGUAAAGAGAUUGGCACAAACAAGAUGGAACCAGCCUAAGAAGAGGUUCACUAAAGUGCAGUCCCAAUGGUUUAGUUUCAUGUUUGUAUGAGUUAGAACCCGAACAAAUGCCUUCCCAAUCCAGGUGUAGACUAUAGAAAGACGUUUACAGAGGACCUGCGUAGAGGAGACAGGUUCAAACUAGCCAAAGAAGAGGUGCACUAAAGUGUCGUCCCACUGGUUUAUUUCUGUUUGUCCCGGACUGUCGACCACAAGUUUCGCGGUUUGGCAAGACAUUGAUCUACAUUUGCCACACUCAACCCAGUUGAUGUAAAUGGGUACCUGGCAGGACUUAAUUCUUUGAAAUGCUAGAGCACCGCAAUGGCAGCACAGCUAAAGCCGGGGUAAUAAACUCCAAGUUUGGGAGUGUUCAGUGAUUCUAAUAAGCGCUAUAUAACAACUGAGUAUUAUUAUUAUUAUUAUUACAUCGGGUAGUCCUUAGAUCUGUUUUUAUAUAAAGAGUUUGUUGGCAAAGAAAAUACCACCUGAGUUUGGAAUUGAGGGUUAAAAAGUCCUCUGUUGACCCCAGUUUUAACUUCUCCCUGAAACUAUUCUGAACAGAAUAACUCUGAAAUAUUAAGGCCUGUGAGUAAAUUGUAAAAUAUUUUCUUGCAUGUUAUCCUUUAUGAAAUAUCUGUGAUUUUUAAUUAUUUCUUUAUGAGGAAAGGAAUAUUCAAUGUUAAGAUAAUCAGGGAAGUAUUAUUUCCUAUUGAAAUUUAUUUUGUCAUAUUUUGAACUUUCAUAGCAAAUAAAAACAAAUAAUGCUAUGUUUUAAUCAUCAAAUGUGUACAUUUUUGUUGAGAUUCAUAGCCUUGCAUAUCCAUAUCUUUUAGCCGAAUAUUUAUAAGAAGCAUACAUUUACAUUUAUAUGCAAAAUACUAUUCAAUACAGCAACAUUUAUCAUAUACAUUUAAAUUUGACAUGCCCAGGCAUUUAGGUACCGGUAUGUAAAUAGAAUGACCAUCAUACAUGGACAAAGGUAACAGCCGUUGUCAGUUUUGUAUCUGGCAGUAUUUCCAUGAAUGCUUCAUGCCUUAAGUAGAAUUAUAUAUUUUUUAAUUGAUGUGUGUAUAUAGUGAGCUUUUUGAACCGUCAUGGAAUGCUUAUUUCCUGUGUUCAAAAUCUACAUGACUAUAGUGUAUUUAAAACUUAAGUGUCCCCAUCUUUUUUCUUUAACCUGAAAUAUGACCUUUACCAAUUCUAAAUCUUGCUUUAUUUACUACAAAUUCAUGGAUUUACACCACUUUAAUUAUAUUUUGGGUAUGAUGAGGUAGUAACUCUUAAAGUACAUUGUACAAAUACAAAUACAGAUGUAUAAUGUAUCGAGCUCAGUGAGCUGUUUAGAUAAAUUUUGUAUUUAUAAAUAUCUUGUAAAUACAUGUAGGUAUUGGUAUUGAGGGUGUUUAUGUGCAGGGCAGCUCUUUUGCUUAUGGAAUAUGAUGUUUGAAUUCAAUCAAUCAAAACCAUGCUUAGAAAUUGAAAUACCUGUAAUAAAUAUGUUUAUUUUUGUUAUAAAAAAUCUCUGCCUAAAUCAUUACCAGUAUGUAGUGCUCAAUGAGAUCAUUCUGCCGUUAUAAUAAGAGGUACAUUAUUGAUUUUUUUUUAAAUUAUGAUCAAAGUGUUGUUUAAAAAAAAUCUAAACAAAGUUGUUGCUUGGCGGAGGUGGCCAGAUGGGGUUGGCACCCCCAAAUUGCUCAAAAUUGUGCAAGUAUAUAAAUGCACAAUAUAUAGUAUAUUGGCAAAGAAAGAAAUAAGGACCCCCUGAUAAACUUGUCGCAUUGAAUGCAUACUGAUUUAAUUGUGUACGUCUUAUUAUGAAAACCACAUACCUACCAAUCAACAAGGUCUCAGAAUAUUUAACUUGGUGAGCCAGGGAGUCGUUCCAAAUUCAGGACAAAAUACUUUAAUGGGCAAAAGCUUCAACUGAAUACCAAAGUUGGCUAAGUAUUUUACCUAUGCAGAAACUCGAAUAAUAUAUUUAUUUUACCGGUACUAGUUGUUUAAUACACAUUUACUUCCAUUUGCAGAUCAAGAUUUAGUUAAUGAUUACACAUGGAAUCCCAGUUUAUUGAUCUUUUAUGAUGUGUGAUGUUUUUUUAUUCAUUAUUUUUUACCACUUCAGCAUUUUGUAAUGUAAAUGUUGAAACGCAUACUUGUUAUUUCAACCCUUAUAGAAGUUACUGAAAGGCAAGGUAUUUCACCGACAUUGCUUCCACUGCUGUAAUUAUUUUCAAUUGCGCCAUCUUUUGGUGCAGGCUUACAUAGAGUGAUUUCCUGUUCCUGUACCCAAGCAUUAACACAGGCGCGUCAUGCAGUGUGUGAUGCAUUGUAUUUGUGGGACAUGGCUGUCAAUACAUUGGGACAUUGGGAGCAGCGGAUGGCAGUACUAGUAUACAUAAAUCUGAGUCUGAAGUAGUAUCAGUAGAAUACCCUGCCUUUAAUAGCAGUUGCCAACAAAAGUGGUCAGUCUAAAAAAUAUGGUUGUUAGCAGAAGGUUGCACAAUAAACAAAGCAGCAUCUCCAGGAUCGUUCCAUAAUUAUUCCUACAUUUCUUUAAUUAUUAUUUUUUUUUGGGGGGGGGGGAGGAGAGGGGUAAAUAUUUCUGUUUAUUUUUUCUCCUGGUUUUAAUUUCAAACUGAUAUGAACGUACUGCAUAUUUGCAAGAUUUGAUACACUAAUACUAGUUUUUCUUCAAAUCAAUUUGGAACAUAAAAAUCUGCAGUAAGGUAAUCUGAUUAUGAUUUUAUUCAUGUAAUGGUUGUUUACAUAUUACAUGUAAUUGUGAAAAUGAUUGAAUUUUCCCUUUUGCCUUUUUCUCUACAUUAUGUAUAGUGUAUUCAAGUCCUUGCCAGUUUGUUUUUAAUUCUUAUGAAAUUCCCUCUGCUGCCCAAUCACCUAUUUUUUGUUAAUAUGUACUUGUAAAUAUUAUAGUUAUUGGUAUAAAGGUAAAUAAAAUAAGUAAUUUUUUGCACAAGUCAAA